UAGAUUGAAAGCAUUCAAACCUUCUUAAUCAGCAAAAUUAUUCAAGCUAUUUAAAUAAAAUGAAGACGAUUUUAUUCAUUGCUCUUAUUGCAGCCAGCACCUUUGCCGCUCCUUCGAACGAUUCAAAAAUGAGUAAAGAACAAAAACAAUUCUACGAAGAAUGUUUGGAAAAAUCCGGUUUACCUGAAACCGAUGCCAAAUCUUUCAGAAACAAAUCGCCUGAUGCAAUCUUAUCAGGAAAAGAGCAAAAAUUCGUUUGCUGUGUCUCUGAACCGAUGAUUAAAAAUGGUGAACUGGAUAUGGAAAUAGUGAAAGGUAUUGUUAAACAACACGGCAAUCGCAACAUUGAUGUCAAUUCAGCUGUAAAAUCGUGCGAAUCGAAAGGUUUUAAUUCAAGCAAUUUGGAAUCGUCGGGUCCAUCAUGUGCACAUACUGCACAGUUCGCUCAUUGCGUCUUUUCAAACUUACGCAAAUCCAAUGAAGAUAAUAAAUCAUAUUAAGUUUUUAAUUUGAACGAAAUUCACACACACAGCACACAAACGUCCAUUGUAAUACAGAAAAAACGAGCAAAAUAAAAUUUAAUGGAAAAUAAUGUA